AUGAUGUGGAGCAGAGGUCGUGGCGUGCAGCUGUGGGCCCUGCUGGCGGCCGCGGCGCUGGCCGCCCUCCAGCAGGUAGAAGCGAUCGCCUUCCUGCCCGCAGCGGCGGGCGGCGACCACACUCCCCUCAGUGUGAACACGAUGGCCCCCCUGCCGCUGCCGCUGCUGCUGGCUCUGCUGCUGGCCACGGCUGGCCACGCCUCACCGCUGCCUCGUGCAGGUUGCUCGGUGGCCAAGAUGCGCGACCCGCAGCCGCUGCUGCUGAAACCCGGUGGCAGCAAAGACGUGCACGGCUUCGUCACGCCGGACUCCUCGGGGGUGAUCUCGCUCAGCCGGAACGAGCAGAUCGUACUCGCGUGCCCCGACAACAGCCUCCAGGCCACCGGGCAGUCCCAAGCAACGGCCUUCUGCGUCUCGGGCUCCACCUUCUCCAUCAACGGGCGAUCGUACGACUUCGCUGAUCUCAGAUGCCGAUCCCAGCUGAAGCCGUCAGGCCAGAAAACGGGCAGCUCUUGCGGAAGCAGCGGUCAGUACCAAGUGAUCCAGCUAGGCUUCCAGGUCGGCGCCGACUUCUACACGCUGAUCGACGCCUGCUUCGACGAUCGUUCCUACAGCACGGUGUACGACCACUCUACGAUGAUCGCCGAAAUGGGGGAAAGGCAGAGCGGUUUUGACCGGCGCGAUUGGUUGGACGGCGGCUUCUUCGGCGACAUCGACUUGGAUAACCAGUACAAACGUGCCACGCAGAUUCAGACGGUCGGCACGCUGCUGGGGUCCAGUCAACUGGGGUCCAAGUACAUUUUUGAAACCAGCGACUACUUCCUUUCCAGGGGACACCUCAGUGCUAAGGCCGAUUUCAUUCUCCGCGCGCUGGAGUAUGCCUCAUUUUUGUAUGUGAAUGCUGCGCCGCAGUGGCAAACGUUCAACGGUGGCAACUGGAACACCUUGGAAAAUAAUGUACGUUCCUAUGUUUCGAACAACGAGAUAGAGCUGGAAAUCUACACGGGUACGCACGGCAUCACGACGCUGCCGGACGUGAACAAUGUCGAGACGGAGUUGUAUCUUUAUGCUGACGGCAGCAAGUACAUUCCAGUUCCAAAGAUCUUCUGGAAGAUCGUGUACGACACUAACACUAGGGCAGCUGUGGUGUUCGUGGGCGUAAACACUCCGUACAUUGAGAACCCUGGCACUGACUACUACGUCUGCACAGACGUAUGCAGCAAUAUCAGCUGGACAUCCUGGAAGGCCACGGACCAGGAGAAGGGAUACUUGUAUUUCUGCGAGUAUGCAGACUUAAAGAACGCUGUGGCCGACGCACCCAGCCCUAACACUCCGAGAUGGGAGACACUUCGCACUUAUCUCCGGAUACCGCAUGGAACCCCAGACGAACGAAGACAUUAUUCAGUGCUUCUAUGGAGCCCUCUAAUGAACGUACUAUGUUGA